UCGCGUUCAUUCACCCACAGCCGCGCGUGGAGCUCGCUGCCAUCUCCUGUCGGGGGCUGGACAUAUUUUACCAACUGUUCCAGUUUGGCCGCUGAAGGUUGAGUUGGUUUUGAGCAGAAGAGGUUCCGCAUGUUCGUGGUUCCGUCGAGGGAACCAAACGCUGCAGGUGGAAUAAAGUGUGCGAAUUUGGACCGGAUCCCGCUGUGAACAGAACUGGAUUUCUGGAUGUGUGUAAAAAAAAUAUAUAAUAACAUAUAUAUAUAUAUAUGUUUUGAUAAACGUCAUUUGUUCACCUGUGAAUCUGAAGCAAAGAACUGCUGGAGAUCAUCUGGCUCCGUUUUUUUUUUUGAGUUUUCCCAUUAAGAUGUUUUUCUGCUAGUGGGUUUUUAUUGGGAAUCUCUCUUGGAAAAGUUGUGAUUUUGUCACUUAACGUGACUUACAUCAGAAGCACCAGACCGCACUCUUCAUUUAGUUUCUCUGAUGGUCUAAAACCUGACUUGAACGUUGAGCUGGGGUCACCUCGCCUAAGGUUUUGGGGGCAGCUUCUCCUUCCAAGGGAUGGUUGAAAGCUGCGAGGAUCAGGGAGCAGCAGCCCGGCUCCUGCACCGGAGUUUCGCCCCGUCGUGCUCAUGCAGCGGACCUGAGCGGAGAUGAGAGCCGCGGUCUUCCACCUCCUGACCGGCUACUUUUGCUUAUUGCGCGCCGCUGCCGAGGAGUCUCCUCUCCCUCAGGAGCUGCUGGAGCGGCUGUCCCGCAGCGAGAUCCGCAGCAUCAGCGACCUCCAGCGGCUGCUAGAAAUGGACACCGUAGAGAACGAGGUGAUCGAGGAGACCAAACACAGCCACCACAAGGACUUCUCUCACCUCUCCCCCACUGACAAGAAACCACACUUACACACCAGACAGAGGAGAAGCACCGUGGUGGAGGAAGCCGUGCCGGCCGUGUGCAAAGUGCGCACGACAAUUUAUGAAAUCCCGAGGAGUCAGGUGGAUCCCACUUCGGCCAACUUCAUCAUCUGGCCUCCCUGCGUGGAAGUGAAGCGCUGCACCGGCUGCUGCAACACGAACAACAUGAGGUGCCAGGCGGCGCACAAACAGCUCCGUGCUGUCAAGGUGGCAAAGGUGGAGUACGUGCGGCGGCGGCCCAAACUGAGGGAGGUGGAGGUGACACUGGAGGACCACUUAGAGUGCACAUGCAACACCAAGCGGCACACCAACCAAAACGAGGACAGAGAUAAUGGUAUCAGGUGAACAGAGACAGGCAGAUGCUGCGGUGGGUGGGACAGAAAAUCCACCUCUGACUUCCUCACCGCCCGCUGCGGAAGGGACGCAUUUUUCUCGAUCUUUUGUGGGAUUCGUGCGACUCAUUUGGACCUGAAGUGUACACUUAAGAGUUUGCUGCCAAAUAGCAAAUUCUGAAAAUCUCCCAAGCCCAGAGACAUACCUCGGACAGACAGAACGUUUCUCAACUCAGAGGACGAACGUUUGGAUGCGUGAUACGUUUCAUCAUUACAUCAAAGGAACCAGUGGCUCUGCUCCUUCACCUGAACAGUAACAGCUCAGCGCUAAAGAUCGCCAUCUGGUUGAACUCUUUUCUUUUUCUCAAACAGUGACUGGCUUGAGGUUUUCUACUCCAACGUUUGUUCUUCCUCUGGUAAAACAUUCAAUGUAUAUCCCCUGAUUUUUAUAAUCAUGUUUUUUUUUUUAAUGCUGUGUUUUUUUUUCUACUUCUGGUACUUUUUAUUCAUCAAAAAUGGAAGCAGGAUUUUACUGAAUCAAAUAAAAAUAUUUAUAUAAAACACAA